AUGCGGAGCAUCCCACACCUGAAGAGGACAGUUGACACGACUACCAGACAAGCUAAGCCCAUUAUUGUUUUCGAGAAAUGUGCACUGAGCGGUAUUGGUCGUAUAAAAUACCAGUGGAAAUUACAGAAGAAAGUGAGAAAAGCAAACCCAAACAGUCCUCAAAAUUUGACACCAGUUGGCUCUUAUGUUGGAAACUUUGUUGCCUCAAAACCAACAAAAUUUGUGAUCCAUGGGUGGAAGAAUGAAGCAGAUGAAAUGAGUGAAAUCCGUGUUGGCUGGCUACAAGCUGGAGAUUAUAAUGUAAUUGUUGUAGACUGGUCAGUCUAUGCAGGACACUGGAGUUAUGCUCAGGCAAAAGCUGCUGUAUUAGGAGUUGGAAAAAUUGUUGCAAAUUUCAUCAACUGGCUUGCUUCUUUUGGUGCAAGCACCAAUGACAUGCAACUUGCAGGAUACAGUCUGGGUGCUCAUGUCUCUGGUGUUGCAGGACGUUAUAUUACUGCAGGAAGACUGAGCCGAAUUACAGGUGGCAAAUGA